UCCCCGAAGACGUGUUCAAGAUGGACUUUGUCUUUGCGUCCAAGCCCGACGGCAAGGGUACCUUCGACAACAACAACCGCCUCGACUACCACGUCGACAUCAAGGGCGGCGUCGAUAAGGCCACGGGCGAGAAGUUGAAGGAGCCGCCGCUCCACAUCGUUUCCAUCUCGGUCGAGAUGGCGCCCAUCGCCAAGGUUGGCGGUCUUGGCGACGUCGUCACCUCCCUCGGCCGUGCGUGCCAGGAGGAAGGUCACAAGGUUGAGGUCAUCCUCCCCAAGUACGACACCCUGGACUACUCCGCCAUUCAGGACUUCAAGGAGAUCACCGGGUUCAGCUGGGGCGCCACGUACAACCGCGUGUUCCACGGCAAGGUUGAGGACAUCGACACCUACUUCAUCGAUCCUGAGAACGGCAUGUUCCGCGUCGGCAUGAUUUACGGCACGGACUACCUCGAGAUCCCAAUGACUGACGCGGAGAGGUUCGGAUUCUUCUCCAAGGCCGCGCUCGAGUUCAUGCUGCAGAGCAAGAGGCAGCCGGACAUCAUCCACUGCCACGACUGGCAGACGGCGCCCUGCGCUAAGGCGUACUGGGAGGACUACGCCCCCUACGGUCUCAACAACCCCAGGGUCGUGUUCACCAUUCACAACCUUAACUACGGCGCUGAGCUCAUUCAGGAGGCCAUGACCUACUCCCAGGCGGCCACCACCGUGUCCCGCACGUACAGAGACGAGGUGUCCGGCCACGAGUCAAUCCACGAGAAUAUUGGCAAGUUCCACGGCGUCGUCAACGGCAUUGACCCCGACAUCUGGGAUCCCGCCAACGACGACUUCCUCCCCAGGUAUUACGACGAGACGGAGGUCAUUGAGGGUAAGGCUGCGUGCCGCGAGGCGCUCUGCGCGUACAGCAACAUCCCCAACAAGCCCGGCGUUCCCAUGGUGGGUAUCGUCACCCGACUCACGCCGCAGAAGGGUGUGCACCUCAUCAAGCGUGGCGUCAUGAGGGCUCUGGAGCGCGGAUGCCAGGUGAUCCUCCUCGGCACCGCGCCGGAUCCCACCAUUCAGCAGGACUUCGACAUGAUGUUCCACCAGCUGAAGCAGAACCACCACGACUUCAUGGCUUUCCACCUGUACUAUAACGAACCGCUCUCGCAUCUCAUCUACGCCGGCUCUGACCUGCUGCUCGUGCCGUCCAUGUUUGAGCCCUGCGGCUUGUCGCAGCUCAUCGCCAUGAGGUACGGUACCGUGCCCGUGGUGAGGCGCACCGGUGGCUUGAACGACACCGUGUUCGACUACGACGUCGACCACAAGAAGGCAGAGUGGGAGGGUAUGAAGCCCAACGGAUUCUCGUUCGACGGGAUGGAUGACGGCGCGAUCGACUUUGCCCUCGACCGCGCAAUCAACCUCGCAUACGACAAGCCCAAGGAUUUCCGCGCGCUGCAGGCAAACUGCAUGUCCCAGGACUGGAGCUGGAACAGGCCGGCGCUCGAGUACAUCGAGAUCUAUCACGCCGCGCGUAAGCCCUACUAAACCGUAUAGACGCGAGGUUGGGUGGAAAUAGAGAGAGGGUGGAGGCGGGAGAUCGGGAGGAGGACGGCGAAAAAGCAAGUCGCGGCACGGAGUGCUGGGCGACACAUUUUUGAAAGACCCAAAAAGGUAUUUGUUUGAGUAAGCACGCUUUUAUUGAUUAAUGUGAAGUCACAUGUUUCACUUC